AUGAUGGUGGAGACGCACCGCGCGCCGGCACGAUGCGCGCGCGCGCCCGAGCCCCGCGUCAAGCCCGCCUCCGCCUCCGCGCCGCCCUCGCUCGCCGGCAGCGGCACCGUCAUGCACCUGCGCCGCCGGCGCCACAAGACCGUGCACUUCGGCGAGAACCUGCUGAUGCAGGUGUGCGCCGACCGCGCCCACCUCGCCGCCCUCGGCGCCCGCGUUCCCGACAUCUCCUUCUGCCACAAGGCGCACACCGGCCUCCGCAAGGGCGACCCGCGGUUCUGCUGCGUCGCGCACCACUGCUGCCUCGCCGCUGGUGCCCUGGUGUCGCUCGCGUCCACCGUUCGCCCGCCGCCGCCGCGCCGCGAACGCAGCGGCGACUCGCACUCGAGCGGCGGUGAGGCCGCUGAGAAGGCGGACGGUGGUAGCGCCAUCGUGUUGAACGAGCCCAAACGGAGAGCGAGACACCACCACCAUCACCACCAUCACCACAAAAUCCACAACUGUCCCUACCAUGACGUUGCGCCUCCGCCGGAGGACCAAACCGAGAAGGCGGUGGUGCCGAAGAAAACGGUAUCGCCCUACCUCUAUAUACCAAGUAAGCUAGAGCCGAAUGUGCAGCAGUUGUUCAGUUUCAUCGAGAGCGUGCUCAGCGCUUGGGCCGCUGAAGAGGGGCUCACCAGCACAGGUGAAUACUCGGAGCCGGAUGAGCGCAUCGUACGUAGGCGCAAGCUCAACAAAUACAAGAAACGCACAGAUGUACUGAAUAUAAGACGAAUUGUGUAUGAAGUGUCCAUAUUACAAGGCGCUAAGUUACUCGGCAAUGUAAGGUUUCGCCAUUAUCACUGGAAAGGCACCGCACAAACUUGUAACGAAGCUUUUCUGAGGAAGGUAAGUUAUCUUUGG